UUGCACAAUUAAAUAAUUGACAUAUCAACAAAAUUUUUUGAGUAAUCUAUUUAUAUGUCACGUUAGAGUCAAUGAAUAGUUGACUAGGCGAAAAAUUAACGGUUUAACUAUUAAAUUGUUUUCAAAAAGUUUUGACUAUUAUUUUAUUUAGAUUUAAUAUCAUGGGCUUUCGUCCGCUUCAGCAAAAUUUGUGGGCCCUGUUCCUUCAACCUGUCAAAACGGAGGCCCACCAAGCAAGUACGUGUCGUGUUCAAUUCAACAUCCAGAACUACACCCUUGCUUCCCAAAGCUGUGUUGUUUCGUUCUAAUUUUUUCUAUCUGAUCAUCCUUGUUCGCAUAUGCGGUUGGUCCUUUGCGCUUUUCCAGGAGCCCAGAAGAUUUGUUCAGUUCAAUCUCUUCUCUUCUCGUCUAUUUCAAUUCAUAGCUCCUCACAAGACUUCUCCUCUCGCUCCCAAGACGGACAAGGUAUCUCCAUCCUUUUAUCCCAAUUCCCCCAUCUUGCUUCUUCCAGAGAUUCCGUAGGUUUCGAUGGCAGUCCUUCUGAUCAGAAAACCCUAAUCAUGAGUUCCGUUGUUUCAUUUUCGGAAUAAUAGUUUCCGCUCUUAUUUCUGUGCAUAGUUGGUGGUUAGCUGGGUUUGUGUGUGUGUUUUGAGCUGAACUUGAACCACCUAUUGGCAGUCUCUUCGCUGAUUUCGUAGCUUUCCUUGUAACCAUGGGGUUUUGAUUUACAACUGGUGCCUUGUUUCUUUGAAUCGAGCUUGUUGUUUGACGUUAUUCAAUUUCUUGCUGUUCACUUUUUUAUUGUUUGUUGUUGCUGGUUUCUGAAGCCUUGUCCAUUUCCAAUUGCAGUUUUAACCGCCUAUUGAUUUGCUUUGGUUGCUGCAGCUUGUUGUUAGCCAAUGGGGACUUCUGAUGGAAGAUCUGGUUACUCGACGCUGUCUACCCUAGAGAAGGAGAAUACUGUGUACCCUUACAUUGAUGACUAUUCCAAUCCUGCCUGGUCUGCUAGAAAAGAGGUGGGCGCUCAUCAAUCAAGCUCAAAAGCAUCGGAAAACGACUCACAUCUGAAUUUCCCAUAUGAUUCGGAAGAGUUUGUUGAUGGUGGAUAUGAUUCGGAUGAUGAACCUUGCGACUCUAAGCAAAUUGCCAGAGUUCCAGAGGUCAAUCUGAAAAAUGUCUUGGGUGGAAUAUUUGCGAUUUUGACUGGAAAGAACAAAAUUCCUGGCCUUUCUGGAAUCUCACAGCUCCCUAGCUCAAAUGUUUCCUUUCUUGGAUCUGGAAAAAACGGUGAUACCGUCUUGCAUUCCUCUGUUUAUAUACCUAGUGCGCCACCUCUACUUGAGCCAGCGGGCUUUAAUUACAGUGAAUACAAGGAGGUAUUGGAAGCUGAGCCUCCUGAGUGGCUACCAGAUAGUUCUACUUCAGCUUGCAUGCAGUGCACUGCUCCAUUCACUGCAAUAACUCGCGGCAGGCAUCAUUGCCGUUUUUGCGGUGGGAUAUUUUGUAGAGUUUGCACCAAAGGAAGGUCUUUGUUGCCAGUUAAGUUCAGGGAACGGGACCCACAAAGGGUUUGUGAUGCCUGCUAUGAUCGGCUUGACCCUCUACAGGGUAUUCUUAUCAACUCAAUUAGCAACGCUAUGCAAGUAGCAAAGCAUGAUGUAAUGGACUGGACAUCUGCUAGGGGUUGGCUGAAUCUUCCAGUUGGUCUAUCCAUGGAAAAUGAGAUAUACAAGGCAUCUAAUACUUUAAGAAGCUAUUGCCAGGUUGCAAAGUUGAAUCCUGACAAAUCCAUACCUCAAGCAGUUUUGAAGGGAGCCAGAGGCCUGGCUAUUCUGACAGUUGCUAAAGCAGGUGUUGUAGUUGCCUACAAACUUGGAACUGGUUUGGUAAUUGCUCGAAGGUCUGAUGGAACAUGGUCUGCGCCAUCUGCCAUUUGCUCAGUUGGUUUAGGAUGGGGUGCUCAGGUUGGAGGUGAGCUCAUGGACUUUAUAAUUGUUCUUCGUGACCUGAAGGCUGUAAAGACGUUUUCUAGCCGCAUGCAUUUCUCCCUCGGUGCUGGCUGUAGUGCUGCAGCAGGGCCUAUUGGGAGGGUUGUGGAAGCUGAUCUCAGGGCUGGUGAUAGAGGUUCUGGCAUGUGCUACACAUACAGUUGCAGUAAAGGUGCAUUUGUUGGUGUAUCACUUGAAGGGAAUGUGGUUACAACAAGGAUGGAUACUAAUCUCAACUUCUACGGCGAUCCUUAUCUCACAACAAGCGACAUUCUACUUGGCAAUGUGGACAGACCAAAGGCUGCUGGACCUUUGUAUGCCGCUCUUGACGAACUCCGUCACACUCUCUGGUUUUAAAGUAUGCUCUCAGGUACGUCCUUGCACUUGAGAGCUGAAACUUCAUAGUUCCGACGGCUGGAAUUCGGAAUAUGUGCCUUGCACCUUAUUAUAGUUUUGAACUCUCGAACUGUACAUUUGAAUGUCUUCGUCCACCAAAUUCGGCUGUGAAUGGAGAACUGAAUGUUGAACUUGGUUUUUGUUUUUGACAUUCCGUUCAGUUUGUGUAUAUAUACGUGUGUAUAACCUGGCCGAUGAUGUUUGUGUAAAUAUCGUUUGUGUAGUGGGACAAAAGAAAUUGUACAGAUGAACAGAAAAUUUGCCUGGUUAGAUAAUCUGAAUUUUAAUUUCUCAAAUCUCGUCAUUUCCUGUUACUCUUUUUCAAGUAGAAGUAAUGAAUUCGCACCAAAAAAAAGUAGAAGUAAUGAAGCAUGGAACACUUGGCGUGUGGCCGUACGGUAUCACAAGAUGCAUCUUAUUAAGAAAUAAGAAUUAGGAUG